GGUCAAAUUAUUCUAUGACACUACAAAAGGAACACAAUACUUAGAAAAAGCAGUGAAAUAUGUCAUUAAAGUCAAAGAUGAUGAAUCUGAAACGUUAACAUUAUAUUUAACUCCAGUAGGAGUAAAUAGGAAGCCAGAUUCAAUUGGAAAAUUACAUAUUGCAAUGUAUUGCAUUGUUCAUUGUGUUUAUAAUAUUCAUCAAAGAGGUUGGUGUAUAGUAGACUUACGUUGGCCAAAUGUGGUAGAACAAAAUGAUUGGUUCUAUGUGAUAGAUGCAGGUGAAUUUGCACAACGCCAUGGAAAGGCUAUUCACAGCAACAUGCUUCGUAUUUUUGAUCCAGUUACUGCUGAUUCCUGUAAACCUGCCACAGACAUUUAUAUGUUGAUUAAAAUGAUGGAGGAUACAGAAAAUAUGUGGCAUAGUAAUCCUCAUG